AUGAGGAGGGGAGAGGGUUCAAGUUCAUCGUCGAACACAGGAGUCGCCGUCCCCGAAUACGAUUUGAACCACCACAUUGCCCCACGUCUGCCACUGUUCGCGAUAAGAAGUGUGGUCAACGAAGAUGAUGCGAAGAUGAUGUUCGAGAAGACUCUGGACUGUGGGGACGUGAAUUGCAGGCAGAACUUUCUUGUCCUCAAGUCGGAGGAGAUGGUGUUGUGGGCUCUGAAACAAGAAGAGAGAAGUAAAUUGGCGAGAGAAGGGUUUCUUGAGGUUCCGACGCUAGAUCCAAGUGGAAACGGUUACAAUAUGCGGUUGCAGCGUAGGCCGUCGACAAGAACGGCUGCGAUGAGUGAUGAAUGGUACAAGCUUGUGGAGACCAACGGCCUCAAGAUUGGGGAUAAGGUUCAAGGCUGGGCGGUUCGAGGAGAAGACGGGCGCCUCCGCUGCAUCCUCACACUCAUGCUCAGACUCAAUUGA